GAUCACGAGAAUGAGCGAGGGGCAAGAACAUUUCAGGGAAGGUGGGCGCAAUGCAUGUGAAAGAAGCUUGGAUUCAUGUGUGACUUUGUACAGGUUGACCCCCCAGUUGAGGAAGCCAAGCUCCUCCCAAAUCCAACGCACUACAUGCUUCCAACCUUAAAUUAUCAGUACACGUUUCCCCUUCCCUAAUCUCUCUUCUCCAACUCUAGUCUUUCCUUCGUGGGAGUUGAUGGCAAUCCAACCUAUUGCUCCUCCUCCACAGCCUCCUUCUUUCCAUGCUAGUAGCCACCAUGGCUCCCAACACAGCCACCACCAUGGGAUCUUUGCCUUGAAUUCCACCAUACUUAUUGCUGCACCCAUUGUUGUAGUUCUUGUACUACUUGUAGCCUUCUCACUUCUGCUAGUAUUUCAUAGAGCAAAGGCUAAGAACAGCAGCAGCUACAAUAGCAGCUUCAGGAAGAACAGCUUUGACAGGAAGCAGCUUUCCAAGUGUGGUUUUCAUAUCAAUGCCAACGCCAUCGGUUAUAGCCCUGAUGUUAGGAGUUGCAUUUAUGGCGGGAGGUUGGGAUUUCCAUUGCAAGAUAGGGAAAGAGAAGCCCAGGUUUUCACCUAUAAGGAGCUUGAGUUGGCCACAGAUGGAUUCAGUGAGAGCAAUGUCAUUGGGAAUGGAGGGUUUGGUGUGGUGUACAGAGGAACUUUGAGUGAUGGGACUGUUGCAGCAAUCAAGCUGUUGCAUAGGGAGGGAAAGCAGGGGGAGAGGGAAUUCAGGAUGGAGGUCGACCUUUUAAGCGGAUUAACCUCUAGAUACUUGGUCAGGCUACUUGGUUACUGUGCUGAUCAACACCAUCGGCUCCUUGUGUUUGAAUUCAUGAGUAACAGCAGCCUGCAACACCACCUCCACUCAGCUUCAAAAAACAAGAAUCACCAGCCUCUUGAUUGGAGCACCAGGCUGAGGAUUGCCUUGGACUGCGCUCGAGGCCUUGAGUUCCUCCAUGAGCACACUGUCCCAGCAGUUAUUCACAGAGGUUUUAAAUGCAGCAACAUCUUGUUGGACCAGAAUUAUAGAGCCAAGGUCUCUGAUUUUGGCAUGGCUAGAGUAGGCUCUGAUAAGAUUAAUGGUCAGGUCCUGACCCGUGUUCUGGGGACUUCUGGAUAUGUCGCACCCGAGUAUGCAUCAACUGGCAGGUUGACUACAAAAUCAGAUGUUUACAGUUAUGGCGUGGUGCUUCUUGAGCUUCUGACCGGCCGUGGACCAGUUGAUACAACAAGGCCUCCUGGAGAACAUGUUCUUGUCUCAUGGGCUCUUCCUCGACUUACCAACCGAGAGAAAGUUGUGGAAAUGGUGGAUCCAGCUCUGCAAGGCCAAUUUUCAAAGAAAGAGUUAAUUCAGAUUGCUGCAAUUGCUGCUGUAUGCGUGCAAUCAGAAGCUGAUUACCGGCCUCUCAUGGUGGAUGUGGUUCAAUCUUUAAUCCCUCUAGUUAAAAACCCGGUCACAUCUUGCCCUACUACUCCUUCAAGAUGUCACCACCAAAUUGCCAUUCCUAUAUCAUAAUCCAGAUUGAGUUACCACUGGCUAUUGUACAAUCAAUCAUGUGAAUCUUUGUGAGAUAACUGCACACUGUAAGAGCUUUUUUUUAAAAAAAAUGAAAAAAAAAAUCCAACCUUGAUAUCAUUUGACAGACGAAAGCUUUAUCAUCAAAAUGUGCUAUGUAGCAUUUGCAAGUAUUACUUUUUUCUUUUUUGAUCUUAUCAAGGAUUCCAUGUAUUAUAUGCAAAAUGGAUAACAAUUUGAAAAGUUAAGUUUAGAAGAA